GUUCAGUUUGUGAGUGGAUUUCGUACGGUUCGGUCGUAUAAACACGUAUAGUGCCGUGUUCAAGCAGCUUCUAGUGUGGUGUUGUCUCUUUCUGGCUCAGGCGUGCAGUGCAGGGAAGAGGAAAAUAUUUUUCAAAAGUCAGUGACUGGGCGAAAAGAAGAAAAUCUUGCAUAAGUUUUUCGCCUUCGGAAAGCCCGUUUUCGGGUAAAUUCCUGUGUGAUUUCAAAGGAUUUUGUGCUACGGUUCAAGGAAUACCAAAUCUGUGAACGGUAGGUAAAAUAACGAUGAUCGCAUACUGGUUCCACGCCCGGAAGUAGAAGACGUCCUGCUUUUCUUUCCGGAAUCGAGUGCAGUUCGAGCUUACAUCAAUCUGGAUUAGGUGCAGUGUAGAGAAGAUAGAAACACGAAGAAAUAUAUAGCCGUAGUAGGUAAAUCAGCACGUGAAUAAUUACGACCACCGAAACCGAGUUGUACGUACGGAAGGAAGAGUAGAAGAGAAAAGUCAAUCUAUGCGAAAUCAAAUCAGUGCAAGUGCUUAGUGCGGUGUGUGUGCUCUUUUUCGUGAACUUUCUCCUUGCAAAUCGGUUAGUGUGAGAAAAGCGAAUAUAGGUCUGCUGGAAGCAAGCAAAAAAAAAUCAAAAUAAAUCGUUUCACUCUUACUGUAAACAAUUAUCCUAUCGGCUACGGUUGCGCAUAGGUGUGCUGUAUUUGUGUGCGCCCCGCUUUUGUCGGCGGAAGUCGCCAAACAAGACUGUGGGCAGGCAGAAAAAGGAAUAAUAGUGGCCCACAGUACGCAGCAACAGCCAAUUUCAUGAGUUUCAAUCUGAAAAAGAAGAAGGAACAUCAAUCGAGCCGUCGUCGUCUGUAAGCACCCUAGCAAGCAGGCUUGCGGCAACUCGCAGCUGUAGACAAGCCGGAAGCUGCUUGAACAACCAAAUACAACGACGGCACACCACAGCGGAGCGAGCGAACUCCGCACCCAGUCUGCGGCAAGAUGGGUGACGUUGAUCCAGAAACGCUGCUAGAAUGGCUCUCUAUGGGCCAGGGAGACGAACGGGACAUGCAGCUGAUUGCCCUAGAGCAACUCUGCAUGCUCCUGUUGAUGUCCGACAACGUGGAUCGUUGUUUCGAAAGUUGUCCUCCGCGGACGUUUCUGCCAGCACUAUGCAAGAUUUUUCUAGACGAGCUGGCGCCAGAGAAUGUACUGGAAGUGACAGCACGUGCCAUCACCUACUAUCUGGACGUUUCAUCCGAGUGCACACGUCGCAUUGUGGCGAUUGAUGGUGCUAUCAAAGCCAUCUGCAACCGAUUGGUGGUGGCGGAUCUCGAAAGCAGAACUAGUCGCGAUCUGGCGGAACAGUGCAUCAAAGUGCUCGAACUCAUCUGCACUCGAGAAGCCGGAGCAGUGUUCGAAGGCGGUGGACUGAACUGUGUGCUCUCAUUCAUCCGGGACAAUGGUUCUCAAAUCCACAAAGACACACUCCAUUCGGCCAUGGCCGUGGUGUCCAGGCUAUGUACCAAGGUUGAACCACAAGGUGCUAAUGUACAAACUUGUGUAGAAAGUCUAAGUACGCUGCUCCAGCACGAAGACCCACUUGUGGCAGACGGAGCGCUGAAAUGCUUCGCCUCGGUGGCGGAUCGAUUCACACGAAAAGGAGUCGAUCCAGCUCCACUAGCAGAGUACGGCCUAGUUACAGAGCUAUUGAACCGGCUAAGUAACGCUGCGGGACCACAAACAUCAACCUUGACUGCUGGUGCUAGUGCUAAUGCACCUCCAGCUGCUCAGUUAAAUAGUCAGGAGGUUGCUCCAACAGUACAGCUUUCAUCAUCGGCACCCAAGACACAAGGAGCUGCCGAAGCAGGUCGAUCGAGUCAGUCAAUCGCCACUACCAUAUCACUGCUAUCUACCUUGUGCCGAGGAUCGCCUUCAAUCACUCACGAUCUGCUCCGAUCCAAUCUACCAGAAGCUAUGGAACGAGCCUUCAAAGGAGACGAACGAUGCGUUCUCGAUUGCAUGAGGCUUGCCGAUCUCAUCUUGCUACUGCUGUUCGAAGGUCGCCAAGCGCUUGGUAGGGUAGGUGGCUCAAGUGGUCAGUUGGCUCCACGGGUGCGCAGAGCAGAUUCCAGCACCGAGCGAACGCAUCGACAAUUGAUCGACUGCAUACGUAGUAAGGACACGGAAGCACUUAUCGAAGCUAUCGAAUCGGGCGGCAUCGAUGUCAACUGUAUGGACGACGUCGGUCAAACGCUACUGAACUGGGCUUCAGCUUUCGGUACAUUAGAGAUGGUAGAGUUUUUAUGUGAUAAAGGUGCUGACGUAAACAAAGGCCAGCGAAGUUCCUCCCUGCAUUAUGCGGCUUGCUUCGGCCGGCCAGGCAUUGCAAAAGUGCUGCUCAAACACGGUGCCAACCCAGACCUCCGGGACGAAGAUGGCAAAACGCCGCUAGACAAAGCUCGUGAACGACCAGAUGAAGGCCACCGUGAAGUUGCUUCUAUUCUGCAGUCACCCGGUGAAUGGAUGACCGCAGCAACACGAUCGGAUCUGAAAACCGACCCAGAAGAUGGAGACAGUGAGCCACGGGGAGAUCCAGAAAUGGCACCCGUGUAUCUCAAGUUCUUUCUGCCAAUAUUCUGUAAAACGUUCCAAAGCACAAUGCUGGCCAGCGUACGGCGGUCUAGCUUAGGUCUCAUAAAAAAGAUGAUCCAAUAUGUCCAACCGGACAUGUUGUCGAGGCUUUGUUCCUCUGAAGGUCUCCAAAGUCACGAACAGAGUCUGGGAACAUUACUAGUCGAAGUCGUCGCCAGUGUCCUGGACAAUGAGAUAAGCUACAGCUGGCCGUCACAGCCAACACCACCGUCUCUACUGCCCUUAACCGUUUCCUCCUCUUCUACCAAUACUAGUAGUAAUAGCAUUCUAGCCAAAUUUAGUUGCGCUGACCGAGUAAGCAAGUAUGUCCAGAAUCUAAGACAACACCAACAGCAGCAGCAGCAACCACAGCAGCGUCGUAACUCUAGCUCUUACAUAAUUCCACCACCGCCGCCAAUGCUACCGUUGACCUCAUCAUCGAUGAUGGCCACAUUCGCCGAAAAUCCUCACCCUCGAGACGGCAGCAAAAGCAAUAACAACAACAACAACAACAACGACGACGACGACACUAAACGUUGUAGUCGAAGCAAUUGGUCCGAUCUUAACAUUGCGGACGACGAAGAUGGUCAUCUGGUGGUGCUCACCAUCAUCGAGGAACUCAUGUCCAAGACGCAGAAUGAUUUCCUCGACCAUUUUGCCCGGCUCGGAGUGUUCUCCAAAGUGCAGUCUCUGAUGGGAGAAAACGGUUUCGGCGGCGAAGGAGACAAUACCGAUGUGAUCAAAUCUCAAGAGGAAACAAAGACGGUUGGAACCAGUGUGCAAGAUGCUACUGCUGUUGUUGUUGUUGCUACGGGAGGCUCCGCCGCUACUGGCACUACCACCACCAGUAAUGCGGUGGAGGAUGCCAAAGAAAUUCUUCCUGGAAAGGCAUACCAUUGGCGAGAUUGGAGCAUCUGCCGGGGACGGGAUUGUCUGUACGUAUGGUCCGAUUCGUCUGCCUUGGAACUAUCGAAUGGAUCGAACGGAUGGUUCCGAUUCAUCCUGGACGGCAAACUGGCCACCAUGUACUCCAGUGGCAGCCCCGAAAAUGGCAGUGAUAGUUCAGGCAAAGGAAGGAGUACGGAUUCCUUAGCCGGCGAAGAAAACCGCGGUGAAUUUCUGGAAAAACUACAGCGGGCUCGCGGUGCAGUUCGGCAGGGAACCCCAUCUCAGCCGAUUCUUUCCUCGCCAAGUCUUUCGCGCAUCGUCGUCGGUAACUGGGUGCUGCAGAGCCAGAAGGAACAUCAGCUACAUAUCAACAACUCGGAAGGUCACCAGGUGACGAUACUGCAGGACGAGCUGCCUGGAUUCAUUUUCGAAAGCAACCGCGGCACCAAGCAUACUUUCACAGCGGAGACCACCCUCGGACCGGACUUUGCUGCCGGGUGGAUCAACACCAAGAAGAAGAAAAUGCGUUCCAAGGCGGAGGCACAGAAAUAUCAGGUAAAGAACAUUGCUCGAGAUCUGUACAACCGUUACUUCAAAGCGGCUCAAGCUGUUCCACGCGGUGCAGUUGCCAAGCUGUGCAACAUUGUUCGCCAAAUCGAGUGCGCGCUGGAGGAUCAAUGUGCGCCGAAAGCCACUGGUUUGCUACAGGUUAGAAUUCAAGCACAGCCGUCACAAGAUGGCCAACGAGGCACCUGGCAGGAAAAAUUGUACAAUGCCCUGCACGAUCUGGUACAAUUGCUGAACGAGGAUGGGGUCAUAAGUGCUUACGAGAUGCACAGUUCCGGGCUUGUGCAAGCAUUGGUAGCCGUACUAUCACGAAACUAUUGGGAACUCGAAAUGAACAGAAGUAAAGCGAACAAGUACCAAAAACAGCGGAUAUCAAUCUUUAAAAAAUGCAUGUAUGCGGAUUCCAAGAACGGCAAGAAUACAGCCAGUAUCCUCGUUCAGAAAUUGGUGUCUGCUUUGGAGAGUAUCGAGAAGCUGCCGGUUCACAUGUAUGAUUCUCCUGGAGGCAGCUACGGGUUGCAAAUUCUUACGAAAAGGUUGAGCUUCCGACUAGAGAGGGCUGCCUGCGAGCAGACUCUAUUCGAUAGGACUGGAAGGAACUUGAAAAUGGAACCUCUAGCAACGGUGGGUCAGCUGAACAAGUACCUGCUGAAGAUGGUCGCCAAACAGUGGUACGAUAUGGAUCGAUCGUCUUUCUUAUACUUGAAAAAAUUGAAAGAUUCAAAACCUGGAAGUGUCCAAUUCAAGCACCAGCAUGAUUUCGAUGAGAAUGGAAUUGUCUACUACAUCGGAACGAAUGGAAAGACCACGGAAUGGGUGAAUCCUGCUCAGUAUGGAUUAGUCACUGUUACGAGCAGUGAGGGUAAGCAACUUCCAUAUGGCAAGCUGGAGGAUAUCCUGUCGCGAGACAGCGUCAGCGUAAAUUGCCACACUAAAGAUAACAAGAAGUCAUGGUUUGCGAUCGAUUUGGGAAUGUAUGUUAUUCCAGCGGCCUACACGCUGCGACAUGCCCGUGGAUAUGGACGUUCGGCUCUGCGAAAUUGGAUGUUCCAAAUGUCUAAAGACGGAGUAAAUUGGGUGACAAUGUUAACUCAUUCAGAUGAUAAAAGCUUGGCCGAACCAGGAAGUACUUGUACCUGGCCAAUCGAAUGUUCCGCGGAGGAACAACAGGGAUGGCGCCACGUGCGGAUACACCAAAAUGGAAGAAAUGCUUCCGGACAGACUCAUUAUCUGAGCUUGAGUGGAUUCGAAAUCUACGGCAAAGUUGCUACGGUCUGUGACGAUAUGGGAAAAGCUGCAGCCAAGGAAAAUGAAGCUCGAUUGAGAAAGGAGAGACGACAGAUUCGAGCUCAGCUCAAAUAUAUUACCCAAGGGGCUCGCGUAGUGCGAGGUGUCGAUUGGCAUUGGGAUGAUCAGGAUGGAAAUCCUACUGGAGAAGGUACGGUAACGGGAGAAAUUCACAACGGAUGGAUCGAUGUUAAGUGGGAUCACGGUUUGAGAAAUUCCUACCGCAUGGGUGCUGAGGGAAAGUACGAUCUAAAGUUGUCGAACAGUGACAAUCUUACUGCACCGUACGAUAUGAACAAUUCCGGCUCGGGAUUGGCUCAUAUCAGUGCAGGGACAGUUUCCUCUGCCAAGAAAGUGUACGACAAAUCACUGAACGUUCUGACUAGUCGCAAAUCAAGCUCUACUCCUAGCCUGCCGGAAGCAACCGAAAAUAAAUCCUCCGUAGCUUCGACAGAGCAAGCAACUUCCGUGGACAACCUUGCUUGGAAGCAAGCUGUUGAAGUAAUUGCUGAAAAUGUUCUAUCCUGCGCACGAUCUGACUUGGCCAACACGAGUGGUGGAAGCAGCAGCAACGAUCUGUCCGCACCUGGUACCAAUAAUAACAAUCUGAACAAUCAGGAAGUAGCCGUGAUUGUGCACUCCCUUGGUGAACGGGGAAAUAUCACUGAUUUAUCACAAAUCAACACAAGUACUUCGACUCUAGUCUCGGAUUUGGCUACUAUUACAGAGAAUCUAACACUCUCGGAUAAUAUUAAGAAUAACAUCAGCACCGGUAGUAGCACUCAGUUUGUGAGCAACUUUGGAACGCAACUUGCGGCCUGCUCGUCGUCCUCUUCAUCAGAAGAAAAUAACAAAACCAACAACAUCAACGAAACGAACAACAAAAUCAAUCUAAACAACAGCAGUAGCAGCAGUUCCGGUAAGGCAGCUUACCUACCGACCAAGCUUGACGUGUUGGACAAGAUGAGAGAAGGCGUAGACAUGCUCCGGAACAAUACCAACAAUUUGCUCUCUUCCGAAUUGCUGACGCAAUCGAAUUUACUGUCGUCCGUCAAAAUAGCACUUCCGACGCCGCAACAGCCACAGCAAACGGGAGGAACUGCUUCUACUGGGACGUUCUUUGUGGCCAGUACCAGUACCAGCAGCACUAGCACGCUGCCAGCAGGAGAUAAAAUCGUAGGUGAUAUAAAAUUCAACAACACCAUCAACAACAAUACCGCGUCCGGCGGUGUGACCAAGAAGGUUCUCAACGAAGUCAAGCAGCAGGAAUCGGACGAUCGUGACAUUGCCAACAACCUUAAGAACAAUAUUGUUGUUGUCGAUUCAGAAGCUGCAGCUGGAAGCUCUAAGGAACCGACCAUUCUGAAUCCCGAGUCUCCAUCGGCAGCUGUCGCCGUGAAUCCGAUGAGUGUCAGCGUUCCAAACCUGACAACCAACGAAAACAAUGCACCACCGGAAGUUCAAACUCCACCCGGUUUGCUGGAAACAUUUGCUGCCAUUGCCCGAAGGCGUACGUCCGGCGGCUCUGCAUCGCAUCAUCUCCAAUCCAGCUCGAAUGCAUCGGCUACCUCGUCGGGAAGCAGUGGCGCCAACAAUGCUCAACCCAACAAUCAGUUAAGUAGCAUUGGAUCAAACAUUCAAGCUGCUAACUCUAGCUUCUUCCCGAGGGGACAAAACUCGGUUACUAGUCUGGUCAAGCUUGCCCUGUCGAGCAACUUUCACAGUGGGCUGUUAAGCACCGCACAAAGUUAUCCUAGUCUGUCAAGCUCUUCGAACAAUGCCAAUACGGUUGCCGUUAGUGGAGGGACAAAUAAUAACAGCAUUUCCGGAACGGGAUCCAACAGCGGAGCACUUCAAAGCGGAAAUGUCCAGUCCGUGCUGAAUCCGGCACUUACGAUGAGUCUCACCUCAACCAGCAGCGAUAGCGAACAGGUUUCCUUGGAAGAUUUCCUAGAGCAAUGUCGUGCUCCAACUCUACUCGGAGAUCUGGAUGACGACGAAGAUAUGGAGGAUGAGAAUGAUGACGACGAAAAUGAGGACGAAUACGAAGAAGUCGGAAAUACCUUGCUGCAAGUGAUGGUUUCCCGAAAUUUGCUGUCGUUUAUGGAUGAGGAGACUUUGGAGAACCGAUUGGCUGCAGCUGGCAAGCGUAAAUCGUGGGAUGAUGAAUUCGUGUUGAAACGCCAAUUUUCCGCUCUGAUACCUGCAUUCGAUCCUCGUCCUGGUAGGACGAACGUGAACCAAACAAGUGAUCUGGAAAUUCCAGCACCCGGCAAUUCUGCCGAUAAUGGCCAUCCCAGUAGUAGUCAUUCUGAGCAUGCUCCUCUGCCUCAGCCAUCCCUUGCUCUUCUACUGCGUGGUCCGAACAUUAACGGAGUGAGCGACGUAGAAAUUCCACUUUCGCAACCUGAUUGGACAAUAUUCCGAGCAGUUCAGGAACUGAUUCUUCAGACCACCAUGACAAAGCAGGACAAGUUCCGUAAAAUUUGGCAACCAACCUAUACCAUCGUCUAUCGAGAAGCCACUUCGUCGGGAGGAAUCGGAUCAUGCCGUGGUGAAGACUUCAGCAGUGGUGAGGAAGGACGAGCCACUCCAGUAGUGUCCAUGUUCUCCCAGCGUAGCGGAGGUUCGACUCUUUCACCAAGCUCUCCCAUCCCUGGAACACCGUCCAACAUGGGAACCUCGGUUCACUGCACCGUGGACGACGUCCUGCAGCUCCUCGGCCAACUGAAUGCCAUCAACCAAACCCUAACAUCGUCACCAUCCAACAACGAUAAGAACCUCAUCCCGGACGUGGAAAGCAACAAUCUGAAUGCGGACAUUUUCUUAAGCAAGAAGAUUACCAACAAACUGCAGCAGCAAAUUCAGGACCCGCUAGUUCUGGCGAGUGGAAGCCUACCAAAAUGGUGCGAAGAUUUCAAUCAGAACUGUCCAUUCCUGUUUCCGUUUGAAACGCGACAGCUGUAUUUCAACUGUACCGCUUUCGGCGCCUCGAGAAGUAUCGUGUGGCUUCAAUCGCAGCGAGAUGUCAACCUCGAACGGCAACGAGCACCGGGAUUAAGCCCUCGGCAUGCCGAUCAGCACGAAUUCCGCGUUGGACGGUUGAAGCACGAACGUGUGAAGGUCCCUCGUGGUGAAACUUUGCUCGAAUGGGCACAACAGGUCAUGAAAACCCACUGCAAUCGGAAAUCAGUGCUGGAGGUGGAAUUUGUCGGAGAAGAAGGUACCGGGUUAGGUCCAACGCUGGAAUUCUACGCCCUGGUCGCAGCGGAAUUGCAGAGAAGCGACAUCGGUAUGUGGCUGUGUGACGAUGAGCCGAAGCUGAUCGAAGAUGAAAUCGAUCUCGGUGAAGGAAGCAAGCCAAUCGGAUAUUACGUUCGACGAUCCACCGGAUUGUUUCCGGCCCCAUUGCCUCAGGAGUCGGAAAUCUGCGAAUUUGUAUCGAAUUAUUUCUGGUUCUUGGGAGUAUUCCUGGCCAAAGUGCUCCAGGAUGGUCGUCUAGUCGAUCUGCCACUGUCCAACAGCUUCUUGCAAUUGCUGUGUAAUAACAAGUCCCUCGCCAGAGAUUCGUUAAGCGAAAUUUCGUCCAAAUCUGCUCUGCACGAUGAUGUGAUGAUUUCCUCUUUGAUGUCCGAAGAAAGCGAUCGAGACCUGGUGGAUUCCUAUCAGUCCAAACUUGCUAACGAUGGCUGUUGGUAUGAUGGUAUUCUUUCUCAAGAGAACCUUCAGGAAAUCGAUCCUAUCCGGUAUGAAUUCUUGAAAGAACUGCAAGAACUAGUGCAGCAGAAACAGAACAUCGAACAGAAUGAUGAUCUCACCUCCGAGGAGAAGCUACUGCAGAUUAGCGAGCUUAAAUUCAACACCAAAACUGGCAGUGUAGCCUUGGAGGACCUAGCCCUUACGUUCACCUAUCUGCCCAGUUCGAAGAACUACGGUUACCAAUCAGCAGAUCUGAUUCCCAACGGAUCUAACAUCGACGUCACGAUCAGCAACGUGGAGGAGUACUGUAAUUUGACCAUCAACUUCUGCCUCCAAGAAGGUAUUGCGAAACAACUGACCGCGUUCCAUCGUGGCUUCUGUGAGGUAUUCCCACUGAACAAGCUAGCCGCUUUUACCCCGGAGGAAAUUCGCAAGAUGCUGUGCGGUGAGCAGAACCCCGAGUGGACCCGAGACGAUAUUAUGACGUACACGGAACCGAAGCUUGGAUACACCAAGGAAAGCCCCGGAUUCUUGCGCUUUGUCAACGUACUGAUGGGAAUGAAUGCCAGUGAAAGGAAAGCAUUUUUGCAGUUUACCACUGGCUGCAGCAGUCUACCGCCAGGUGGACUGGCCAAUCUGCACCCACGAUUGACUGUGGUGCGGAAAGUGGAUGCCGGAGAAGGAUCCUACCCGUCGGUCAACACCUGUGUCCACUAUCUCAAACUUCCGGACUAUCCCAAUGAGGACAUCCUGAGGGAACGACUGCUAACGGCCACCAAGGAGAAGGGAUUCCAUCUCAAUUGAAAACGUUGUGGCUCCGCAUUGUGGAAAGAAAAGCAGAUAAAUCAUUAUGGGCAAAAACGAUAUCCUACUUCACAAACCCACAAACAGACGAUAGUGGUCAUUAUGGUUAGUAAAAAUAAACAUAUUUUCUAGAUAAUGAACAUACUUUUAAGCAGAAAUUAAUACGUUUCAAGCAAGGGAUUUAAAGUGCGAGAAGAAAAAAAAAACAAUAAAUAUAUAAUUGUGAAUAAAUGACAGCUUUCCGAUUACUCAAAGUUAUCGAUCCGUUGUGUUUUUUUAUGUUGUAAAACACACUAAAGUAAUGAGAUGCAAUUCCUAAGAAGAAGCUUACAAUAGAUAAGUCGAAAGCGAAAAACACAUAGAUUAAAAACCAACACAUUUUAAGUUUGCUGUGAGUAAAAGAAGAGUAUACACCCGCUCCAAAUAGAAUUAGUUUAUGAUAUACAAUAGAAUUGGAAAUCGUCA